CACAUUUAAUUGACUUUAUUUCUCACUUAAAACUAAAACAUUUUAAAUAUAAAAUUCAUACAUAAUGUCGAAGCCGACAACCUUAAAGGACGCAUUGGCCAAGUGGGAGGACCGCAAUAAGCAGCCAGCCGCCACUGCCACGGAAAUUGGACUUCAGUUCCAGUAUCCACCUAUCGAGAAAAUGGAUCCGAUUCUCAAUUCUCUUACCGAGUGCCAAAAGCUCAGCUUGUCCUCAAAUAUGAUUGAGAAGAUUACUGGAAUUUCGGGAAUGAAGAACCUGAGAGUCCUGAGCUUGGCACGUAACAAUCUUAAAACGCUCAACGGCAUAGAGCCACUGGCCGAUACUCUGGAGGAAUUGUGGGUCAGCUACAACAACAUCGAGAAGAUCAAGCCCCUGGAAUCGAUGAAGGCCCUACGUGUAUUUUACAUAUCCUUCAAUAUGAUCAAGGACUGGCCGGAGUUCAUGCGGAUGGGUGUUCCACCAAAUCUCAGCGAGAUCACAUUUGUGGGAAAUCCUUUGAACGAGAACAUGGACCAGUCUGCCUUCACUGCCGAGGCAGUCCGUCGUCUGCCCAACAUGAAGAAACUCGAUGGGGAGCCCGUCAUUCGUUAGGAAAAAACAAGCUUCACGGUUGUGUUGUAUUCCAAAUAAAGGAGAGUCGAAAGUGGAGCAUA